AUGAAAGUAACAGUGAGUUUUGGAAGGACUGGGGUGGUUGUCCCUUGCAGAAAUGAGUGGACAGUCAGAGAGUUGAUACAACAAGCAACUCAAAGGUACAUUAAAACGCUGGAAAAGGAUGGCAAUUACUCAGUAAAGAUUCAUCACAUUGAAUACAUAGAUGGAGGAAUACUGGAUCCAGAUGAUGUUUUAGCAGAUCUUGUGGAUGACAAGGAUAAGCUUAUUGCUUACUACGAGGACCACGAGACACAACAGAGAGAGGGCCUUAAUGGCACCCUGACAGGAAGACGGAGCCCCCCAGACCACUUUGAGAAUGGAGUGUCUGCCCAGCUUGCUGUCUUCCAGCCAAUCAGCGGAGAGAUUGAGGUCAACUCUUCUGCAUUGAAAUCCAGUACACCACUCCUGGUGCGGCGGAGCAGCGACCCGGCACUCGGCCCACCUGCUGAAUUUCACACAGGUGUUUCACAUCAGGAGGAGUCCGGUCUGAAACCCAGCAACACGGUUGUAAACCAAGCAUUGACAGAUAAGUGGGGAGCUGACCAGAGCCAAAUACCAGAAGUGGAGACAACCCAAGUGCAGCAAAGUGUGUACAGUGACCUGGCAAGGACGGUGAUGCUUGCUGGAGAUGAUGGACCCCUGGGGAUCCAUGUAGUGCCCUACGUUUCAUCUCUCAACGGAAGGGCACUUGGUCUGUACAUUCGUGGCGUGGAAGAAAACAGCAGAUCCAAAAGGGAAGGCCUUUUUCAAGACAACGAAUGCAUUGUUAAAAUCAAUGAUGUUGACUUAAUGGACAAAUCAUUCGCUCAAUCGCAAGAGUUGUUUCGACAAGCCAUGAAAAAUCAAACUGUCAACCUUAGUGUGCUACCUGCACCCAACAAAGAUAGAUAUGAAAAGACUCUGAUUGGUCACCUGUACAGCCUAGAGCCUGAAGACAGUGUUCCAAAGCUCCAGGUUCCACUCCCUGUCAAACCCAAGCCUGCUCCAGCCAAUCGGAAACUGGAGAUUGGACACCCUCAGAUGCCGCAGAACCCUAGUCUCUCUCCGACUAAGAACAUCAGUGAAAAUACAUUGGUGAAAAAUAACUCUUUAUCCCCUCUAAUAGGGUUUGGCAGCAAGAAUAUGGGCAAGAAAAUCAAAAUUGACCUUAAAAAAGGUCUAGAGGGCCUGGGUUUUACAGUAGUUACCAGAGACUCCUCAGUGCAUGGGCCUGGCCCCAUUCUGGUGAAAAACAUACUGCCAAGAGGUGCUGCUGUGAAAGAUGGCAGAAUGCAGUCUGGAGACAGGAUCCUGGAGGUGAAUGGCAGGGACAUCACUGGUAAAAGCCAAGAAGAACUGGUUGCUAUGUUACGAGGCACCAAACAAGGAGAAACAGUGUCUCUCAUUGUGGCACGGCAAGAAGAAGUCUUCUUACCUCGAGAGCUGAAGGGAGAGCAGGACUGUGUCAUCCCCUUCCAGGAGGGUAAGGAGCAGAUGAUGUUCGAGGUCCCUCUGAAUGACUCUGGCUCAGCUGGGCUGGGAGUGAGCCUGAAAGGGAACAAAUCCCGAGAGACCGGAGCUGACCUUGGCAUUUUCAUCAAAUCCAUCAUCCACGGCGGGGCUGCCUUUAAGGAUGGGCGUCUGAGGGUGAAUGACCAGCUCAUAGCGGUGAACGGGGAGUCUCUGCAGGGGAAAUCCAACCACGAGGCCAUGGAGACUCUGCGCCGCUCCAUGUCGAUGGAGGGGAACAUUCGGGGGAUGAUUCAGCUGGUUGUGGCCAGGAGGCUGGAAAAACAAAAUGAGGAGCAUUAUGAUUCUGGAACACUUCAGAGCCAAGCUAUUGACAGCCAUCAAGGUUGGCAAUCAACUGAUAAGCCCAACGACCCUCUCCAACCAACUAUGGUGACUAACAAUAUAUAUGAAAGUAUAGCUGUGAAUAAGCCAAUGACAAAUGGGAGACAUAAAGAUGAGGAGGACGAAGAAUAUGGUGACGAGGAUGAUGACCUGCUACCCCCACCUCUUCCACCCCACCCUAACGAUGAGCUGCUUAUGCGAACAACUCCUCUAAGACCAGAACACCACAGGAGACUCAAUUGUGACGACUUUUGAAGUGGUUUUUGAUGUAACCCAAUGUCCACAGGGUUGAGACCACCAAACUGAUUUCAGUGAACCCAGGCAAAUUAAUUAUUCUGCUGCUCCACCAACUUAUCUUUUAACUAGGUGUAAAACAUUUUUCUUCCAAAAACUAACUUUGACCAGUACUGUAUUUCAGAAACAAAAAUGUCCUAUUUAUA